GAGGGAGAAUCAGUUUGAAGAGGAGCCGCGGGAGUUAAUGUGCGUCACUACUCUGACCUCUUCGCAUAAAAACUUGUCAUAUUUUCUCGUGUACAUCGACCGUGGGAGCGAUUCAUGUGUUUAAGCGUCAAAAUGAAGAUAUUGUUUUAGUUUUACAGGGGUCUACUGGUUGGGGAUCUAAUUACUGAACGCCGGUUGAUGGUCUUUCCAGCGGGGGCAGCUGUGCAUGCUGUCCGGGAGAAAGUUAGUAGUUAACUCCGUGGAACUUCCUCUGGAAACAUUCCUCUUUCGAAACCUGCGUGUUGCUCGCUGGUGUUUUGUAACUGUUGAACUAGAAAUGGUUGGCAGGUUAAACUUGCCAAAUGUUUGUGAAGGAGAGCCACUGGAUAUGAGCUACAGGGCUGAGAGAGGACUUGACAGCCCGGACUCUGGUUUACCGCCGAGUCCGAGCCCCAGCGCCUGGCUGCUGCCUGCGAGUGCAGACAAAGCCAGGGGCGUGAGCCCGGAGUCCGAGGACGAGGGACGGGGUUCCCUGGUUUCAGUUUUACCCUCUGGAUCUGCCCCGCUGCUUCACCCGCUGUCUUUUGGUGAAGGCAUAGCCCUGGAUCCAUUACCACCAAAAGAGAUAAGAUACAUCUCAUCCCUGCACUACAACUCAGACCGCCACUUCAUCCAGGAUCUGGCUCUGCAGCCUUCAGGGCAGGGCCUUGAACACUGCAGGCAGACUAUCAUGGCUCUGCCCCACAGCACCUGGCGUCACUAUAAAACACAGCUAGAUUUCCAGCCCCGCCAUCGGCUUGAGCGCUUCAAGAGCACCACCAUCAUCUACCCCAAGAAAACCAGUGCUGUUUUCACCACAGAGCUGAGCUAUGACUGCCACCGGCUGUCCAGGCGUUUCCUCUCCAGUGUGGAGCUGGAGACAGUUGGCCAGAGAAAGCUACCUCAGUGAGGGAGGGGCCAGGUGAUUGGGGACAGACGAGGUUUGGUCAUUUCCAUGACCCUGCACUGUGGUUCCCUUGAAGUUGGCUGCCAGUCACCUGCUGUGUUGUAUGUUUGCAUUUGUGUAGGCCAUUAUCCUUUUCAGUACCUAUCCUAAGCUGACGGCUAGAAGCAUCUGUGCUGUGAUGUUACAGGGAACAGUAAUGUAUGUGUGUGCUUAAUUUGAACAAUGAGGCCUGUUUCAGUUCAUAGAAUUUAAUCAAAGGGAGUUUUUUAUGAUGCUAACACAAUAGUGUUUAAACAACUGGCAUGUAAAGGAGAGGAAGGGUGAAUAAAUGUGGGGCUGGAUUUUGAGUGCAUGUGAACAGAUCUAUAAAUUAUCCACACUGUACAAAGGAGGUGAAAAUACCUAACACAUGUUUAGAUUCUUGUGUAUUUCUGCACAUAGCACCAGCUAAGCUUUUCCCAAGCCUGAUUUAUUAUAUAUGAUGGUAAUGUCGUUAGAUUAAGGGACCUUUUUUGUUCAUUAUGAAGUGGUUAGUGACCAUGGUGUUACUGAGAACUGGGUUGACUUUUUAUCGCUCACUAACUAUUGAAAUGAACAAGCUGCAUUCCACUGCUAUCACUUUCUUUGGCUGAAUUUAAAUUGUAUUUAUUUUGUUUGAGUUUUAAGAGAAUUUAUUAGCUGAUUAACGGGUCUCUUAUUGUUGUGGCCAUGGACAUAUUUGUGAGGCCCCUUUAUGUCUUUUAUAGAUUUACCUGUUGAUGCUUCUUCUUAAAAGUUAGUCACUUAUCCAGUACCAAUUUGAAAUAAAGUGUGUGGUAGUUCA